AUGGAUCGAUAUGCUGCUCAUAUUCAUGUGUUUUUUGGAAGUAAUCAAGGAAGUUUCCCUUUACACCAAUGGUUCUUCACUUCAAUAAACGUUGAACGUCGUAAUAUUGUACAUGGUAACUUCCGCCGAGGUAAUCAAUCUGAUAUUGUAUUUCUUCGCUCUUGGGCAAAUACUAUCUUCACGUCAUAUCGAUACAGUAACGGUUCUUUUCAUGCACGUGAACGGAUUGUUUUAGAGUCAGAGUUAUGGUUGGAAUCAGCCGUUGUAUCUGAUUUAAAUGGUGACAAUUAUCCAGACAUCGUUGUUACCAGCCAUUUUUCAUAUAUGAUCCGUAGUUUUCUUGGAGACGAAAAUGGCAACUUUCGAGCACAUACUAUUUAUUUGAAUGAAUUUGGCGGUGUUGAAGUUUGGACUGAUGUAAAAGAUUUUAACAACGAUAAUUGUCAAGAUAUAAUCAUUGUGACCGAUAAACUUCAAACCAUAGAUAUCUUCCUGAAUACGUGUCAUUGCUUUACUUGA